AUGACUCAACAUAUAAAGGGCUUGUCGGCGGCCGGCAAGGUCGCUUUCGUGACUGGCGUCAACGGCAUCAGUGGCAACGCAAUGGUCGAGUACCUUAUUCGUCAGCCAGAACGGGAGUGGUCGAAAAUCGUCAUUUCUUCGCGCUCAUCACUGAAAGUGAAGUGGCAAGACCACCGAAUCGAGUUUCUGGCCCUUGACUUCCUGAGACCAGUGGAGGAGCUUAUACAAAGCAUGAAGCAAUCUUGCAGCGACGUCACUCACGCUUAUUUUAUGUCAUACGUCCAUGUUGAUGACUUCACUAAGCUUGCCGGGCUCAAUGUGCCUUUGUUUUCGAACUUCCUGCACUCCAUCGAUCAAGUUUCCGGCCAAAAUCUCCAGAGAGUCAGCCUUCAGACAGGUGGAAAACACUAUGGCUGUCACUUAGGCCCUUGUCCUGCCCCAAUGCACGAAUCUCAUCCCCGAUAUAACGACCAAGGACAGAACUUUUACUUCAAUCAGCAAGAUGAGCUCGUUGCACUCAGCAAGCAACGCAGCUGGGGCUGGAAUGUGAUUAGGCCAAACGCCGUGAUCGGCUGCACACCUGGACGCAACGGAAUGUCUGAAGCCUUGACCAUGGCCUUGUACCUUCUAGUGUGCAGAGAAACAGGCGAACAAGUCAAGUUCCCUGGGGGUGCAUUUAUCUACGACUCGCCCGACGAUAACUCUGACUCACAAGGAUUGUCAGAGAUCACUGCUUGGUCAUCCACUGCAUUACACACCAAGAACGAAGCAUUUAACUACGUCAAUGGUGACACCUUCGUCUGGAGGUACUUCCUACCAGAGAUCGGCAAGUACUAUGGCAUGGAUAUCGGUACCAACUUGGAGUUGAACCUCAACCUCGCAGAGUGGGCCAAGGACAAGGAGCCUAUAUGGCAAAAGAUCUGCGAUAAGUACGGAGGAGACAGAGAAGCUUUUAGCUGGGCGACCUGGUAUUUGAUGGAUUGGCUCGGACAGAGAACCUGGUGCACGCUGGCCAGCAUGACUAAAGCGCGAGAGUUUGGCUGGACCAGGCACGAUGACACUGUCCAGAGCUGGUAUAGAACGUUCAAAAGUCUUGAGAACGAGGGAAUUCUGCCUAGAAUCGGACAUUCAAACAGUGUGUAG